UUUUUUUUUUUUUUUUUUUUUUCAGGCUUCUCGGAGCAAAAAUACAACUUGCAGAGAGGAACAGUGUUUGUGUAACACGGGCUCACUCCUUCAGCAAACAUUGGCCAUGUGCUAGGCUUUUCAGUUUCAGAGAGUAGAGAAAGAGUAGGCAGGGUCUGAUGAUAGGGCUAAUUAAAAGCCAAACACUGGGGCUGGAGAGAUGGCUGGCGGGUUAAUAGCACUGACUCAAGACCUAAGUUUGAUUCCCAGCAUGCACAGACUACUCACAACUGUCUGUAACUCUGGUUCUGUGUGGAAUCUGCCCCUCUCUUCUGCCCUCUGCAGGCACCAGGCGUGGAUGAGGUACACAGAGAGGCAUGCAGGGGAAAACACACACCCUAAAACAAACCCCAUUGCACCUGACAUUCAGGAGCCAACCUGUGCUUACUUACCGAGAGGAAGGUGUUUAUGCCUCCCGGUCUCUGUGUGCACAGAGCUAUGACACUCCAAGUGCUCUGUGGAUGGCGCUGCUGUUGUCAGGCAGCCUUUUAUGCAAACUGUCUGUUUGCAGAAAUAACACUUCCUGGGGAAACCUCUGGCCUGGGUGGGCUGACUGCCACUUGAAUGCCCCUGGAUGUCACACUUGUUCCCAUUGUGAAGGCAUCCGUUUCCAUUUUCCAGGUAGUUGUGGUUGCUUACAAAGUUUCUGGAUAAAUUCACAAGUGUCCCAAGUAGCUAUCUUCCCAGUUACCUUCUAGAGAGUUGGGGCACCUCUGAUUCUCAUCUCCUGCAGCUGGUUGGUUAUGAAUGAUUACAUUUUAGUGGGCUAGGUGUCAGGCAGUGCCUUGGGCUUUCUCACGAGCGGACAUUUAUGUCUCUGGUGGGGUAGGGUCAACGUCUGAAAGCCUAGUGUUUGAGCACUCUUUGCUCAUUUGAAAAUGAAUUCAUCAGUUUGCCUUGCUGUUUACUAAAAGGCACCAAAAAGACCAAAGUUGUUGGUUUAGCACUGGGCACGUUCUCAAAACUAAUUCUGAGGAGAUGGGCCCCAAGCAUCUUUCCUGUAGACUUAGCGGGCUCAUAUCUGAGCUAGCUCACGUGAGCUAAGAGGUGUAAGAAGAGUGGACUAUGGGAAAAGCUUGUAUAAGUCUGUUAAAAGAGGGACUCAACCCUGCAGGGGUCCAGUCUUCACCUGGUGUUAGGAUGGUGUUAAAGCCACACCCAGGCAGAUCACCGGAGACCCUCUCAUUAUUCCUGCAAACAGUUGUUUGUCUUUCUCAGAUCCAUACAAUGUAAGAUUCAUAGAAUGUCAGAGGAGUUCUGACUGUUGACUUCCGGACUGUUGACUUCCGGGUUAAUGAGAACUGUGGAUGUUAGGGUGCCCCCCCCCCCCAUGCCUCCCCUUUCUUCACAUUGCUUACAUGGUUUUUGUUACUCAUGUGUUUGAGGUUUUUUUUUUUUUUUCUUUUGAGAGAUUGUUCUGGCAGAGCUACCAUUUUGCUUUUAACCCACAAGAUAAGAAGAAUUCACCAACAGCUUUUUCACGAAGGACCGUUUUUAUGACAACUGAAACCAACAAUCAGAGGCAGUUCUCGAAGUUCAUUUAAUGCUAGCACAUGAAAUGGUUUCACAAACGGGAAUAUUAGGGACAGUAAUUUUACAGGAAAAUAAGCGUGUCUUAAAGGAUCUAAGGUCCUUGCUGAGGUGGUUUGUGUGAGUCCUCUCUCGAUAGUCAUUUGUUUUCCAUUCAUAGCCCUGUCUUCAUUAGCUACCAUGGAAUUUUACUCUUGUAGAGACAAGUGGACUUGUAGGUUAACUGGUAGCUGGUGAAUGUAUCAGACACAGAGGUGAUUUGCAUGCUGAAUUGCAUACAUAAUGAUUAUAUGUAUUUGAAGCUAAUAUUUGUUAACAAUAAAUAUGCACGAUAUGCAUAGUUUAUAUAACUAUUUUCUGAUCAGAAAUGAUGGCAGCUUGGACUGUGUGUAGAUGACUACUGAUCACUGUGGACUUAGGGCAGCUUUGAGUGACUAGGAGGCAAGUAGUAGCCAGAGCCAAAGCCAAAGCAGAGUCGUGGACUUGGGCUCAAUGACAGAGCAAACCCAAACUUCAGUCCCUCUGAAGAAGUGAGAUGAAGUUAGCUAUUUCGUGUUCUGACCCCUCUGUGAGUAUUGGCACAUGUUCAUUUCCAUUUUGUCUGUUUUGAUAUUACUGCUCAAGUAGGGAUCUGAAUUUACAUUGUAUUUUUUAACCUGGUAUAGAAGAUUAUGUCUCUAUUGUAUAACCUACAAAAGUAGUUAAGUAAGGAGAUUUCAAAAUCAAGCAUUAUUCUCCAUCCACAGACAAUUUCCUAGACUUACUAAAGUUACUACUGUGUGCGCGCACGCUUGUGCACCACAGAACACAGAGGGCCGCUCUCAGGACUUGGUAUCACCUUCCACUUCCACGUUUCCCCUGGCCCACUUACUCAGAGCUAGCUGGCCCCGGAGCUUCUGGGUGAGUCUUCUGUGUCUAUCUCCCAUCCCGAGGUGGAGUGCCGGGAUUCCAGGUAUCAAACUCAUCUGGCCUGUGUGGCGAGAAGUCUUCGGAGCCAUCUUGCCAGCCUGUUAACGUGUUUUACUUUCUUUAGAGGGAAUAGGUAGAGUUAAACAGAAUUAGGCUCACGUGGAAUGUGUUGUUUUUGUGAACUUGGUUUUUGAUUUAACAUUGAGAAAAGUCAGUGCUUUCUAAAGUAUGUGUGGUGGUGAGCUAUACAUUGUGUUAUUCCUCAGUUUGUAAUCUCCACUGUCCAGAGCUUGCAGGAGGUUUCUUAGGCCUGUACUGCUUGCGUCUGUUACUCUCUCAGGAAGAGGUUUCUUGAGUUUAAAGUGACUCGGAAAAUCACUAGUUGUUUUUUCAAACUUAUUUAACAUUGAACUUUUCAGUUGUUACAGUUUAUUGGUUUCAAUAUUUUCACUGCUCUGGGCUCUCCAUGCCUCUGCCUUGUAGACGAGGUUCUGCUCUGUAGGACUGGACUGCUCGGCUUGUGUGGCCCAAGGUGCCUCCCCCACAGUGCCUGGGACUUGGUGACCUGGAUGGGAGGACUAGGGACUUGCUUUAUCAAGCUGUGUGGCCAGCUCUUCUUUGGCCUUGGCUGAGAGGGAUCCUUAGGCUAUGUUCUCUGUCCAUGUUUAUUUACCAGAGAACGUUUCCUGUAUACCGAGCCUUGUGCCAGCCUCUGCAGAUAUUUGACACAUGUUUAGGUGUAGUUUUAUGAUGAUGGUAUUUUAAAUUUUGUAAAAAUUGGACCAAAUUAAUUAAGCCUCCAAAUCACUGAUCGUUCUAUCAGCAUAAAAACAAACAAAAGUCCGAAGCAUGCUGUUACCUCUAAGCAGGUCUGAGAGUUUCAUCAUUAUGCCUCAGUUAUUGGUACUGUUUCUUCAUAAGGUUCACUCUGGGAUCUCAUAGUGCAUUGUGGCUGGCUGGUGAUCUUCAGGGGUGCUGAGAGCCACCUGCAGCAGCACUGCUGUCUGAGCUGUCUGCUUGUGUGGCCCAAGUCACUGUAACUAGGAGCCAUGAACUACACAGAUACUGACAUCUGGCCCCGUGUCAUGUUGCUGAUGAGUGGGAACAGCUCUGCUCCUCUUUGGUGUCUGAACUGUGGAUGAUGAGGGAACGAAGAACUGGCCCGACACUUUGGAAUUCAAACACCGGGGAGGUAGAGACACCCUUGGGACUCAUGAGCUAACACACACAUAUGUAUACAUAUACACAUGUGCAACAUACAUAUACAUCUAUACAUACACGUAUACAUGUGCACACAUAUACAACACACAUGCAUACAUAAACACAUAUAAGAUGCUUACUGGCCAGCAUGCAAGUGCACACACAACAUACACAUGUGCACACAAGCACAUGAACACACACACACAGUUGAAAAUAAACAUUUAGUGUAAAUAAUACUAUGUCGUUUCCUUGUGUGGUUCUCUCUCUAAGAUGCUUGUGCGACCACUUCUUUUCCAUGAUGUAGCUUCCUUCUCCAUCUCCUGCAUCAACAUAGAAUCUCCUGUUUCUUUGCUCUUCCCCCCCCCCCCCCCGUCUUAUUUACAUAUUUUCUUCACAGACAUGCCUGGUGCCUGAGCAGUUGUGGAUUAUGACCUCUGAUGAGAUGACUUCUUUUAGGUUUCAUUUCUUAAAGUUAACUGUAUAACUGGACAGCCAAGUGUCUUGUUUUGGCAUUAACUUCUGUGUUAAAUUAGUAAAUUGUCAACUUUGGGAUCUCAUUUUUCUUUUUGGGAGACUGUGGGGUUCAGUGUUAUAUAAAUCAGAAGCAAGUCACUUAAUGGCACUUAGAGAUGUAGAAGCCACGGUUCUUGUGGUGGGGCAUGAAGGUGAAGGCACGGUCGGGGUCAGAGUUCUAGGACUAUUUGUCUCUUGAUGGUUUUAGAGUAAAUCAGAGAGGCAGACAUGGUUCGAAUCUGCAGCCUCGUUCAUAAAACCCAGAAAAAAACUGGACAGGAUGAGGCGCAGGGAUUGUGCUGCAGAGUGAGCCUUGGCUUCUAAAUUGCUUUAACCCACUCACUUCGCAUGUAAAAGUGGGACAUCUGUGGGUUCCUUCUGUAAAAGCCUGAAGUGAGCACCUUCUGCAGGUUGUGGGGUUCAGAGAAAAACCCAUAGAGGAAGCCACUCCUCAUGGGCAGUGAGGCGGCAGAAGUACUCAGGGGUCCAGAAGCAAGACACGGAAGGAAGAAAGAUUGGAGAGGAACUUGGGGCCUAGGGAGCAGCGGAUUCUUGCAGACAAGCAGAGCUUGGAGUGAGGGCUUAGGAAAGCUCUCUGGACAAAGGGUUUGCAAUGUAAUGGGUGCUGAAGGACUCCUAGCUGAGAUUAUCCUGCUGAUUCCUGUGUGUCUAGAUCCCUAUUUUGUGAUAUCCUCGGCUGUAAUAUCACUUUAUUACUCUUUAUAUUGCAGGAAAACUGGCUGGUCAUUAUAGACUAGCUGGUGUUGGCUUGAUGGUGAAUAAUUGAUAACAAUUAUUAUUAAGUAUAAAGGAUUCUAACAGUGACAGUUAAAAUAGUUCCAGAUGAAUCAAAAAACCUAGCCAAACAAAAGUCACACACACACCCUGAAUAUUUCCUCUGAUUCGUGUUUUGCUGUGUUGUUUUCUUUUUAUUAGUAGGUAGUAAUCAAGAAGCCGGGGUAUAGCUGAGUAAUGGGUAAUUUACAGAUUUUAAUAGCAGUGUGUACUUUUUAAUUAAAAAGUAAUAGCAAAGUAGGAGAGAUUUUUGUUGUAUUAAACACAGCACAGCUCUGUUUGGAUGCUUCAUCCUGUAAGGAGUAAGUAUUGAUGGAUGGAGACUCUGCCUGUGUGAAGAAGUCUGUGAGGUUCCAUUGAGCCACAGGCCGCACAGACAGACAGACAGACACUGGCUCUUUGCCUUCCCAUGCUCUGCUAGGAAUCCAUAUGUGAAUCCAAUCAUCCCUGGCCUCCACUCAGCUCUGUAGUCUGUGCGGCUCUGUGCAUGUUUCUCCUUUGUUUGCUUGGUGACAGGUGAAGUUGUGCAUACAUCCUUAUGGAUGCAGUUACCUACUUGGGUCCCCAGCCAAAACAAGGUUGCUUCAAUCUUCUGAUUCCAGAGUGAGCAUCCACAUGAGUUUUUAAAUAAUCGUUUCUGACCCUACUGUAAAUUAAUCACAUUUAUUUAGUAUAUUGGUUACUUCUCUGUUGCUGUGAUAAAACUCCAUGACCAAGUCCACUUAGAGAAGGAAGAGUUCGUUUUGGCUGAGGGUUAGAGUCCAUGAUGCAGGAGCAAAGGUGUGGGAGCAGGAAGCAGAGCGGUGCCUGAAAUGACGGAGUCCUUAAAGUCCCUCAGCCUGCCUCCAAUCACAUAUCUGUCACACUCUUCCUAAACUUCCCAAACAGCACCAUCCGCUGGGGACCAUGGUUCUCAGCCUUCCUAAUGCUGCAGCUCGAAUACAGUUCCUCUUGUUGUGGUGACCUCCAACCAUAAGGUUAGCUUUGUUGCUGUUGCUUAACUGUAGUUUUGCUCUUGUUAUGAAUUGUAAUGUAAAUAGUUUUGGAGCUAGAGGUUUGAGAAAGGGGUUGAACCUUAGACUGCUCAUUCACUCACCUCCUGGAAAUGGGAAUAGCCGACUGAGCCUGGUUGUUAGGUUUGGUCUCAUCUUAAAAUUCUGGCUUCCCUGAAAAAUUGCUUGGUUGUUUUUCUAUUUUCUUUUUUCCUAUUUCUUCAUUUUCUUAAAUUAGUAAUCAUUUCACAGGCUACCAGACUAUUAUGUGGGCUGAUGGAGCCUACAAGCUGCCUCCCCAUUGUAGCUGGUCAGUAUGUGACAAUUCUGACUUUUCAUCAAGACUACAGGCAAAGUGGGCAAAAUCUAUGCUAUCAUUUCCACAGAGGGAGUGCCCGCCCCUGCUGGGCAUCUCCUGGUUACUGACACCAUGGGUUUCCUCUGGAUGUCUUUGUAGUAGCACCAUUAGUUCUGGUUACAGGUGGCAUGGUGGUCACCCUGCUGCCUGAUAGACCCAGCCAGGGUUGCAACUGGUCAGUGGCACCACUCACGUAGCACUCAGAUCUGAUGACCCUUGUGCCCUGUGGUUUCCAUGGCAACACUGGUGAGAACUACACUGAGAGGAGCUUCUGAAGUGAGCAGAGAUACAAAGCAGAAAGUCUGAGAGUUCAUUGAGAGGUAAUGAGAUCUCACUGAAGGGUUGUUUUUUUUUUAUGCAUAUGAGUGUUUGCAUGUUUAUUUGUCUGUUCACCACAUGCAUACCUGGUGCCCACGAGGGCCAGAUUGAAAUCCUGGAACUGGAGCUGCCCUGUGGGUUCUGGGAAUUGAACCCACAUCUUCUGGAAGAGCACUCAGUGCUCUUGACUGUUGAGCCCCCUUCUCUAUCUUAAAGAAUUAUGUGUUGGCUUUAUAAGCUACUUAUUCUAAGCCUGCCUAUAUAUAUAUAUGCAAGCAAAACACACACACAUACACACACACACACACACACACACACACACUAAAAUAUAAACUGUUUUUAAAAAACAGGUGGCUGCUGGGAGAUGGCUUGGUGGGUAAAAUGAUUGCCAUGUCUAAGCAUGGGGACUGGGGUCAUAUCCUUAGCACACACAGUACACACACCUAUUUUACAGGUAGGCAUGGUGGCUCAGAAUCUGAAGCAAACUGGCUAGCUAGACUACUUGAAUUGGUAUGCUCUUGGUUCAAGUUAGAGACUUUGCCUCAAUUGUAAGGUGAAUAGUGAUCUAGGAAGUCACUCAAUAUUGAUCUCCCAUCUCCAUACAUUGGCAAACUGUAUGCCUGUGUAAAUGUGAACCCCCACCCCCACUCACAUACCCAUCCCACACACCCCUAAAACAAACCCCCUGAUAACUGAACAUGGUGUCACAUACCUGUAAUCUCAGCACUUGGGAGGCUGUGGCAAGCUUGUAGAGAGUUCAAUGUCAACUCAUACAACAUAGCAAAACCCUGUCCCCAGCUACACGGGACACUAAGCAGGCGAAUCUUAACUUCACAGCCAUCCUGGACAGUGUAUUGAGAAUAUAUUGCAAAAUCAAAAGCAGAGAUACUGGGGAUAUAGCUUGGCAGUGUAAGCUAACAUGAUUCCCUGGAUUGAAUGACUGCAUACCUAAUAACAUCUCUCCAUACCGAGUCAGAGGUGGAGGAGGAAGAAGAAACAGUUAAUAUUGGCAACCAUUAGGAAAAAAAAACAAAAAACAAAACUACUGCCUUUCAUUUGGCUGAUUGAAUUUUGCUGUUUGUUAUUGAACCAGGGUCCUCCUGUGUUGUCUGGGCUACCCUGGAGCUGCGUGUCCUCUGCCUCAGCUGAUCUUACCUGUGAGCACCCCUAUCUUAGCCAGUUUGGCAUAUAUGAUUUUAAUGGUCAUUGUUUCUCUUUUGGGAGAAACUUCCAAAGACUUAGUGUAGGCAGGAAAACAGACUUUAGAACUUUUUCUGUAUGUUUGUCCUUGAAAUGUGGUGUUAAAUUUUUGCUCUUAAAAAUUUUGUUAUAAAGUUCACAAUUCCUGCUGCUGGUAGAAGUUUGGAAAGUAUGUUGCUAGUUUAAAAUUUUAAUGUUAUCGCCCUCAGGGAUAACAUUUCUCCCUUGAGAAUUUGUUUUUCCCACUCUGCGUGAUUUGGGUCAUUAUUCUGGAAACUUCUGUGUGUGGUUGCCGUGUCAACCAGGUUCAUUAUGUCUCUUCUUUAAAGGUGUAUUUUUAUUUUAUUUUAAGUCAUGUGUACUUGUGUGUUUCUAUACACUUCAGUUUGGGUGCCUGCGGAGGUCAGGAAAGGCAUGCGAUUCCCAGGGACUGCUGUAGUUACGGUGGUUAUGAAUCAGCGAAUUGGGUGCUAGGCAUUGAACUGGGGUCCUUUGUGAAUGUUGUCUGCACUCUUGACCCCUAGCUCCAAAGGUCAGCAUUUCAAAGGUGAAUCCAGGACCACCUUUCCUCAUUAGACUUUUCUAAAAGGAUUCAUUUUUUAUUUUAUGUGCAUGAGUGUUUGCAUGUGUGCACCGUGUACCACAUGCACACCUGGCCCCCUAGGGCCUGAAGUGAGCAUCUGAUCCCUGGAGCUGGCGUUAUAAAUACUUGUGAACCACUGUGUGUGUGCUGAGGACUCAACCGAGGUCCUCUGCAGCAGGUGUUUUUAACCACUGAGCCAUCUCUUGGUGGGUUCCUGUAGACUUUUAUUUCGCUAGAAGCACAUAUCCAAAUAUCUUUUUUUUGUUUGUUUUUGUUUUUGUUUUGUUUUUGAGUAUAGCCCUGGCUGUCCUGGAACUCACUUUGUAGACCAGGCUGGUCUCGAACUCAGAAAUCCACCUGCCUCUGCCUCCUGAGUUCUAGUAUUAAAGGCAUGUGCCACCACGUCCGGCUCCAAAUAUCUUCUUAAGAAUUAGUAUGUAGAAAUUAAGCUCUCGAUCCUUUGCAGUUUGGAAAUACUUUCAUAGAAUUUUAGGUUGAAAAGAAGGUUCCCUUAAAACACGAGGCGUUGUGCUGUUAGUUUACAGCAUUGUGAUCAGAAUCAUGGAGCUGGUUUACCUCUCUGUGUAGGUGAUAGCGUCUCUUUCUUGAAGAUUCGUAAGAUCUUCUGGUUAUCUGAUUCUUGGAAACCUCAUAUUAUUGUAUCUGUGUGGGUACCUGGUAAACUCAGUGCAAAGAUUGAUGCUCUUCAUCUCUGGGAGCUCUCUGGGAUUAUUUCUUGGAAGACGAAGACUCCUCUGCUGACUUCACUCCUACCCCCAAUUGUUUUGUCUCUGGAAUCUUCCUUGGGUUCUAGACUUUGUGUUCAGGUUCUAGAUCCACCAUUCCUAAAGUAUCUAUCUUUUUACCCAAGCCUUUGGGAGACUUUCCCCAAAUGUAAUUCACAACCUGAUGUGUUUUCCAGAAAUUGUGCUAUAGAAUGUCUGUUCUUGGAACCCAGCUGCCAUAUUGUGAGGAAGCCAACCCACAUUGGAAGGUUUCCUGUAGCUGUUUGAUUCCCCCAGCUAAGGUCUGAGAUGUCAGCUCCCAUCAACCCCUUGACAUGUCAACUUUGUAGUGUGCCAGCUCUUUGCCUUGUUAGCAGCCGUUUGGUUUCGAACUUAUCUACACUCAAGCAAAACUAGCUCUUUUAUCAGACACGUAGUUGCUACCCUUUUGGGCCUUUAUCUUGCAUUUUUUUGCUUUGGAUGGUAUGCCUUACACUUUCUUGUACAAAGUGGGAUUUCCUACUGCAUCAUGAUCAUAGCAGGAGUGGAGAGCAUGCAGCAAUGUUGCUUUGUGUUUGCUUUGGGAUACCUCUCAGUGUGUCAGAUUACUAGAGUCUAUAUCUUUGAUUAUGGACAAUAUUCUGCUGAUUUUUCAGGCCCAAUGAUGAUCAUUACGCAGAAGAUCACUAGUUUGGCUUACGAAAUUCACGACGGGAUGUUUCGGAAGGAUGAAGAACUGACUCCGUCGCAGAGGGGAUUAGCUGUGAGGCGCAUGCCAAGUCUCCUGGAGUAUGUAAGUUAUACCUGCAACUUCAUGGGCAUCCUGGCAGGCCCACUGUGCUCCUACAAAGACUACAUUGCCUUCAUUGAAGGCAGAGCAUCCCACGUGGCACAGCCCAGUGAAAAUGGAAAAGACGAGCAGCAUGGGAAAGCAGAUCCAUCUCCAAAUGCAGCAGUUACGGAGAAGCUCCUGGUCUGUGGACUCUCCUUAUUAUUCCACCUGACCAUCUCCAACAUGCUACCCGUGGAGUACAACAUCGAUGAGCAUUUCCAAGCCACUGCGUCGUGGCCGACUAAAGCCACCUAUCUGUACGUCUCUCUCUUGGCUGCCAGACCUAAGUACUAUUUUGCAUGGACCUUAGCUGACGCCAUUAACAAUGCUGCGGGCUUCGGUUUCAGAGGAUACGACAAGAAUGGAGUGGCUCGCUGGGACUUAAUUUCCAACUUGAGAAUUCAGCAAAUAGAGAUGUCAACAAGUUUUAAGAUGUUUCUUGAUAACUGGAAUAUCCAGACAGCUCUUUGGCUCAAAAGGGUGUGCUAUGAACGAGCAACCUUCAGUCCGACAAUCCAGACAUUCUUUCUCUCUGCCAUUUGGCAUGGGGUCUACCCAGGAUACUAUCUGACAUUCCUAACGGGAGUGCUAAUGACGUUAGCAGCUCGGGCUGUGAGAAAUAACUUUAGGCACUAUUUCCUGGAGCCCCCUCAACUUAAGUUAUUUUAUGACCUCAUAACCUGGGUGGCCACCCAGAUAACAAUAAGUUACACAGUUGUUCCGUUUGUGCUCCUCUCCAUAAAACCGUCGUUCACGUUUUACAGCUCCUGGUAUUACUGCCUUCACGUCUGUAGUAUCUUGGUGUUGCUGUUGCUGCCUGUGAAAAAGUCUCAAAGAAGAACGAGCACACAGGAAAAUGUUCAUCUCUCACAGGCCAAAAAGUUUGACGAAAGGGACAAUCCUCUGGGACAGAACAGUUUUUCCACGAUGAAUAACGUUUGCAAUCAGAACCGAGACACUGGCUCCAGACACUCGUCACUAACACAGUGACUGCGAGAGCGUGUGAUGGCUGUUUCCCGGCUGUGAACAGAAGCCAGUCUUGAGGCCUUUGCAGAGCCUCUUGUUUAAGGAAGAGAGACUAACUGGGUGGAAAGGGAUGGUCUCGGAUAGGGGGUUUCCUAUACACUAGAUUGGAAAUGGAAAGAGAUAACCCCUCCCAUGCCAUGUUCCUGUGGGUCACGCCUUAUACAAAAUCUUCCCUUGUUUCAAUAGGGCACUCUGACCUCAGCAUCUGCCCUCAAGGUCAUCUGUGUACCCUGUUGCUGAAUGUACACUGCGUAUCCCAAGGCACUGAAGAGGUGGAAAAUAAUCAUGUCGUCUGGAUGAUUAACCUUUUCCAAAUGAAUGUCUUGCCUUAAAUCUUCCUAAAAUGUUGUUCCCGGAUGGUAUUUCCAAGUGUAAAAUCGUGAGGAGACGAUUUCAGUAUUCGAUAUGGUGUGCUACAGAGAGGAUUGAGGGAAGUCUAAAACCAGAUACUUAAGAUCGUGGGUACUUUAAAAAUGCAAUAAACAUCUCAGUAUUCGAAGGGUUUUCUUAAGGUAUCUUAGAGGACUGUGUGCAUGGUGGGACUGUAAACAGUCAGGGCUUAAUUACAGGUGUCAGUCAGGGGCCCCUUCUAGGAGGACUUUCUUAAACAUAAUUAAAGGUUGGUAAUGUGAUAUUUUAGGCUUAUUUUCUUAAGAACAAAAAAAAAAAACAAAACAAUAAGAGGGAAGCUAAGAUAAGGAGGCCCGAACAAGGAAAGCACCUCGGAGCCUGGAGCCGGUGGCAGAGGGCUUCCCACUUCUGUGUCCGAGAUUAGUGUAACUGUAUGGGACACAACAGCUUACUGAUGAGAACACUGUGGACUUUCUGAAGAAAUCCCUCGAGCAUAAAUUACAUAGAGUUACAGGGGGUUAUAAGAAUAACAGUGAUAGAUGAUUUGAAGGUUUUGAAAGAAAUCUCUAGUAAUUAAGGUUCUUGUAUGGUUCAUCGGUUUCUUGUUCCUGUCCCUUUCAUUGCUAUUUGGGAAAGAUGUAGGGAAAAGAAAACUUAGUUGAUGAGUCUAAGUGACUUUUUUUUUUUAAUUAAAUUAGUUUCUAUACUCUUUAACUUCAUGCAUUAAAAUUCUUCCAUUAAACUCUUGUUAAAAUGGGUGUUAGAUUCUAUCUAAACAAAUACGUGCUUUCCUCUUAGGGGGCCACUCUUGCCUUGAGUGACUGGGUUUGUCUUUAAUCACAUAGCAGUGUGGUGUGGGCUGCAGCAGCUGUAAGUAUGGGGUGGGUUUGAGGCCAUGGAAAAUGAGCCUGAGACUAUAGAGGGGAAGGUGGGGCCUUUGGGCCUCACUGCCAUUUGACCAAUCUUUUUUGGUAUGAAUUUUGUUUUGGUUUUGCCUUACAUUUUCAAAUGAAAUGCAAGCUGUCAGUCUACGGUGAGUUUGGUUUUGUUGGCUUUUGUCACUAAUACGUUGUAAGUAGGGUGAAGGAAGAAGCAGCAACAGGGGUGGGAACCUAAAGAUGUCAGGAAGAAGAAAGGUGCAGAUGCCGUACCUGGGAGCCAUACGUGGCAUGGUUGCUUUUCUGAAGAUAGGUUGCAUCUGAUGAGGAAAGUGUUCUCCUGGCCUCUAGAGUCCUCCCCAUUACUCCUCCCCGGGAAUGGCUAGUAAAUACCUUUUCUUAGUUUUCUUUCCCAUGUGUUGAGAUCAAGCUAACUGUAGAAUUGGAGGAGAAAGAAAAGCAUAUUUCUGGAGAGUGCCCGCCCCAAAUGUUUCUACGAUUUCAUGAGCUUGUUAAAGACAGCCCUGGGCGGUUCCUAAGUGAAGCCAGAGCAGCUUUGGGAGCUGCUGCAGGCUUGAUCCAUCGAUCUAGCCACUCACAGAUGACCCCAUUUAUAUCUGCUACCCCAACAGACUUCGUUUCUAUACAUUGAGUCGCUGUCGCCUGUCCCCUCGUAAUGAAUUUAUAAUCAUAGUUCUAUCAUCCAAAGAGCAAGACAGCUGAUCACUGUUCCUCCUGGCCCAUAACACAGCACUCCAACUUGACUGAUGUCCUUUCUCAUUCUUCUUCAGCGUUCUAGUUACGUUCAUGGGAUUAUUUUGGGAUGGCUGUCUUCUAAUUUGGAGACAUAAUCAGAACACAAUCUAAAAUCAAAUAAAUUCUCAUUUUUUUCCCCCCAAAAACCACACUCUAUAAAAUGAAUAUCUAGUUGGGAUACUGUCAAGAUUAUUUCUACUUAAAAGGAUUUAAAACUAAUGUUUGCACUACUGUUAUUUCUGAAGGAGGUCCUUAUACCAUGUGUUUACUGCAUUUAACCAGCAGAACAGGGUUUGCUGUGUGCUUAUAGGAUUUUCCCAUUUCUUGAGUAUCCCAAAAUCGUUCUGGAGAUGGUCACUCUACAUCAUAUUUAUACUUCUGUCCAAUUGUGUACUACUCAGGGAAAAUAGAACAAAAAAUAUUCUUCCCUCACAUCUCAUUUUCUUGAAACAAUAAUUGUCAAUUUGGUGUGUCUCAGCUCACUGAUUUGUUUGUCUUUGGGUUUUUUGGUUUUUUGUUUGUUUGUUUGUUUUUAUUCGUGUUUUAAUUGGAGCUUGGAGUGUCUGGGGAAGCUUGCUUAGCUUUUAGAGUACUCAGAGAUGGAGAGAAGGUUCUGUGGGUUUCAAAGAAUCCUGAUUGCUGUGUCUUAGCAUGCUGGUCCCUACCGUGGUGACGGCCACACGGGGUGUCUCCACACAUGCCACUUUGGAGGAAAACAGUUCCAGUGGAGGUUUCUAGAAAGUGAUGGUGAUCUUGUGUAAGUGGCCUGGCCGAUCCUUUUGGCUCUUGCUUCGGGGAACAGCACCUUCUCUACCACCCCUAAUCCUGUAGGGCAAAGGGAAGGGCGGGGUCACAGAGGGAGCUGGUAACUGGCAAUGCUUUGUAUUACUGAAGCUUGAGGUGGUGACAUUUUUAAAAAUAGUUGCUUAGCAACAGGAGGAAUACCUUUUGAUCCAUUAACCCAGAAUGAGUAGCAACAGGCCAUUUCCUGGUUGCUUCCCUUAGUUUCUGUUUCUGCUGGGUAAAACUGGAGCGGAUUAAAUACUCCCCAUAAAUUGCUGAUUUUACGAGACAGGGUUUACCACCAUGUAACUCUGCAGCAAUUAUUUUAAUUCAGAGAAUUUAGUCAUUCUUUUUUUUUUUUUUUAAUUACAGAAAACAAUUUCAAAUCGCCAUCAAAAAAAAAUCAUGAAGGUUUUACUUGUGAAGACAUUUAGGACAAAUGCUUUUCCUACUUGAAACCCAUCCCUCAUCAAUGUUCAUCUUGUGUCUUCAUGAGCAAAUCUAGAACAUGGUACCUACAGCUUCCUGAUCAGUUCAUAAGUUUCAGCUCAUUGACUCUUAAAGAGUUCCACACUAUAACUGACCCAGACAUUCUUGAGAGAGUAGACGUGUUUAGAGUAAUUGCUUCUGCCGUGCCCACUGAGAUUUGGAUCAACCGUGUAGUUAGAAACCAGUAUUGUGAAAGGUUUUAUUCAGGUAUUAAUAAUCUACCCUGAUUGAAAUUUAACACACCCGGUUUAACCUAGGUGCAGAAUUCUAGCGUACACUGUGACUGUAACCUUAACCUGCCCAAGGACCAUGCGUACCUGUUACAUUCCACCAGCGGCAUCUGAGGAAUGGUUGAUCAUUCAUCCGAUUGCCCUCAAGGCUAACUUUCUGCUUCUCACUGCCCUUGGAAAAGUGAGUUUGUAGCAGGCUUCCGAACGCUGAAGGAAGAGAUUUGCAUUUUAAACAAAUCCACUCAGAAUUCUCAAGUUUGAUGGAUUAGAACGUGGCAGCUCUCUACGGUGAUUUUUCUGUGACAGCAUGUAGUCAAAUCUAUUGAUGAUGCUGAUGCUCCUCAUGGAAGAAAAUUUAAGAUGAAAUUUUCCACACUGAUAUUUUGUAGGAAUGCUCUUAUAAUCAAUGACUAAGCUGCUUUUUGAGGCUCUUGUUGUACAGAGGAUGCAGCCAAUUUACAUUUUAAUUCGUAGGCUGCCUAAUAAUGUUUUGUAUGUUUUGAGAUAAUUUAUUUUAAUAGGUUUUUAACACAAUGCAAACUCCAGUGAAGAACUGACAAGAAGCUCCAUAGGUCAUUGAUUGGGGAAAUUUUGUCAAACAGAACCUAAUGACACAUUUCUAUGCCAGCUAAUUUGUCUUGCCUUUAAAACUGGUGGUAACUCUUAAUGCCAUUUUUAUAAAGCAAGGGACAGCCUGUCUGUUCUAUAAAUAACCCUUCAAAGAUCCUUGUACAACCACUGUCUGAAAGCAGUCCGAUGACACAAAGCCACCUCCAGCCGUGUUUUCUUACACGUUGCUUCUGUAACCAGCAGUGGGUUAUACUAUAAAGCCAGAAGUUACAGAAAGCAUGGGGAUUAAAUGACUAAGCAGUUUCUGGGGAGCAUGUCUGGACUGGAAGAGUGGGGGUUGCCUGCUGCCACCUCUGACAUGCUGCUCCCUGCGCAGACAGGCUCUAUUUUGGGAAAACUUCUUUGAGAGAUCAGUUUGUUAAUUAUUUUCUCUGUCCUUUCAUGGGGGAAGGACACAGGUAGAGCGUUUGCUAAACUUUGAAAAUGUGUCUCUGUUCCCCAUUUUAAAUGUCUUUGGUUCUGUACACACCCAUCUGUCACUGAAGUACUUUUGCUGCUGACUUAAUCACACACAGAAGGGACGCCCGUGCUGAACGGAGAUGCCGUCCUGUCUGUCUUCUGUCAGCUUUAUGUACGUGAAGGUGCCCCCACACCAGAAGGAGCAUCGCAUGAGGCAGUAGGAAUGACAGGGGCACAGAUUCCUGGGACGUGAAGGCCCCAUCGUGUUAAGAUGAAGGUGCCUGGCUACAAACCUGCCUUCCCUUUCACCUGAACACUGGUCGCCUGUCUCGAGGAGAGCCUCAGCUCCCAUAGCCAGCGCCUGCAGUGUUUCCGCUUGCCUUCCCCAGCGGAGGAUAUCGUGUGGUGGGUUGUGCUUUUUUUUUUUUUUUUAAUUUGAUGAUUUUUUUUUUUUUAAAGAAGUGUUCUUUUUCAACUGAUCCUCAAAUCAGUGUCAUUGUAUGGUGAGUUGAAACCACACUGUAUCAGACAAGCUGUGACAUGAUUCAUAACCAUUUUUCCCAUUCUGUGUCUUCAGAGCUACACAGUGGCUUAUUGCUGGCUUUUAAAGGUGUUUUUAACUUACAUGUGGCUUUUUUUUCUUAUAAUUUCUGUGUCUUUAAAGGGAUUAAACAGUAGUUAAAAAGAA